AUGAGUAGUCCCAAAGCGCCGGCGGGCCACUUUACGCUGCUGUACUUCGCGGCCGCCACAUCGCACACACAGAAAGAGCUCGAUUUCCUUCCCGCGCCCUUGCAUCUGAGCAAGCUGCAUGAUGAAGUAGACAAGAGAUAUCCUGGUAUCAAACAAAAGGUUUUAUCGACAAGUGCGGUGACCGUGAAUUUGGAGUACGUGGACCCGGAAGAGGAGGCCGCGAAAGGCGAGCAGGGCCUUGUGAUUGAAGAAGGCGACGAAGUGGCUAUCAUUCCACCAGUCAGCUCCGGCUGA